AUGGAACAUGUUAAACAUGGAGAAGCUAGAAAAUAUAUUAAAAAUUUAAAUAAGAAGAAACCAAUUCCAUUUAAAAUAUUAUUCCCUAAAGCUAAAAAGGAAGAAUUAGAUUUACUUUCUAAAAUGUUACAAUUUAAUCCAUCUAAAAGAAUAUCAGCAGAAGAAGCACUUGCACAUCCAUAUUUUGCUUCUUUACAUGAUUUAAAAGAUGAACCUGCUUCAAAUAUUUCAUUUCAAUUUAAAUUUGAAAAUGUUGAUAUUACUGAACAAGAAUUAAGAGAUUCUUUAUAUGCUUUAGCAUGUCAAUAUCAUCCUGAAAUGUUAUUACAUUAA